CUCAGCAUCACCUUCUUCUCUGCCUUUGAGUGAACCUGAGCUGUGAGCAGAGGCUCCUCCGCUCCUUGACAUCUGCAGAUAUGUUCACCAGGAUGUUAAAACUUCGGCUGCUCAAUGCCGUAGCACCUACAUACUUCUUCUUGGCUACAGCAGUCACCUUCAUUUUGCACUUCUGUUUCUUCAUUCCAACAAUAUUCCCAACCCCAGACACGUCACUGAGGGGGUCUCCGACUCUUCACGCGGUUGUUUUUCUUUUCUUGAUGUUCAAUGCACUGGGGAGUGCCAACGAGACUGUGAUUCCGGUGUGUUCACCGCACUGCUCAGACAAAGUGGACGCUCACUACCUCCUAAACGGUCGUCACUUCUGCAAACUGUGUAAGAAAGUGAUUCUCAAGAGGGAUCACCAUUGCUUUUUCACUGGAAACUGCAUCGGCAACAGAAACAUGCGCUACUUCAUCAUGUUCUGCAUCUACACAUCAUGCAUAUGUUUGUACUCUCUGGUUCUUGGCGUGGCCUUUCUAACAGUGGAGUACUCUAUGUCCUUUGAGAACCCGCUGACCUUCCUGACUCUUCUGCCCCUGUCCACUGGUUACUUCUUUAUGGGAACAAUCUCAGGCUUGCAGCUGUUUGUGGUGCUGAUGCUCUAUGUAUGGCUGGGCAUCGGCCUGGUGUCUGCGGGCUUCUGCUGCCAGCAGGUUCUGCUGGUGGCCCGAGGACAGACCUGGUGUCAGCUGCAGAGGGGGCAGCUUGUGGAGAAUCACAGUCCCUGGAGAGCCAACCUCAAGGAUGUAUUUGGUACCCGCUGGAUCCUCGGCCUUAUCCUGCCUGUGCAGACAGCGGAGAUGUGCUCAGAAGACACAGAUGCACAUAAACAAGACUGAGUAAUGACCACAGGUCAUGGUGAUUACUCCCAAUAGGUCACACAAGCAGCACAAAUUGUAGAAAAUGCUUUCUUUGGAUACAUGUGGCAGUUAGUUUAAAUACUAAAUGGUUGCUUUAUGACCUCUAAGGUUGUCCGUGAAAUACAUAGCUAUUAGCAUACAUUCCUUUAAGGACAGGAGCCAUAUAAGCAUUGUGGAACUUUUAAAUAAGCGCAUAGUGUAAGUGCAUCCUUUAAGUAGCUUUUUACAAGGCAAUAUAAGACAGAUAUGUUGGCCAUUUUUGACAUAGAACAGUUGCAUGGACAUGCACUUACUACAUGGUCACAUCAAAUAAUCAAGAUAGCUUUGCAUAAGUGCGUGCAUUUACAGCUUUGCAGUUUUGUAUUACGCAACUUAUUUGAAUGCCUGUGCCAUGUGGUGCUCCGACAUUGUCCGAGUGUGUUGUUCUUCCACACGUCUUUGUAGGAUACUACAGUGUCACUUUCAGGAAACUUUCUGGUGACAAUAAAUCACUUGACAUUAAGGGCUAGCAAAUGGGAAACUACAGUGUUUAGCAUAAACUGCCAGACUUGACACCAUUGUUUUGACAAACUGUGAAAUGCUGAGCCUGAUUCAACUCAAAAGAAUGUGAUACAGAGAGUUUGAUGAAGGUCCAGUGAUUUUCUCCUUCAUAAGAAAAGGUAGGGGAAACCUUAAGAUGAUUACCAUGCUAUUAUCCAGGGUAUUAUUCACAAUGUGCCAUAAAGUCAUGUGUUACAUGCUUACAGAUGACCCCAGAAAGUGAGGAAUCCACUACACUGCUGAUGGCAGAGCCCUCUGUAUAAUAAUAGUAAGGACUUGUCACUGUUUCACUGCAGCUAUAGCUACAAUUCAGCAUCGAGUCAAAGAUGUUUUGAACUUCAGUACUUUUUAGAGCUAUUUUGUCUAUUCCUGCUAUACCAAUAAAAGUAUUCAAA